AUGUUUCAGGAUGAUUUGGAAGGUGAUCAGAUGCAGACGAUCCUGUUUCACAACUCGACCGAGCGCAAGGAGGACGAGCGCGAGUCGUUCACGGGCGACCUCUACACGCCAGAGGUCAUCCAGGCGACGACCUUGCACCCGUUCAAGGUCACGGCGCACUUGUACCGCGCUCACGCGUUUUUCCACGCGCUGAAGACGCGCGACCUGCGACACAAGACACUGUUGCUGCAGCGUGAUGUGCGCGACAUGGACGUGUUGCUAGGCGACCGCACCGGUGGCGCCACCUACGUCGAUGAUGCGCUCGGGCUGCACUCGGGGCUGAAUAAGUUCCGGCCACGGUCGCGCGAAUCCGUUCUCACGUGGAACUUCAUGAGUCGCGCCGUGUAUGCAGCGGGUGGCUACCAGCCGAAGUGCGGGUUCGACCAGGCACUAAAGCACAGUCUUCAGGACAUUGUCAUGCAGGUGAUGUUCAUGAUCAACAAGCACUCGCGGCAGCGUGGCCGCGUCAUCGAUUUCCGCGAGAUCCUGUACGGCUACUACCGCCACGACCCGCGGCACGGUGCCGACUACAUCGUCGACAUCCUGCUCACCUACAAGAAAUACGCCGGCCGCAAGAUGACCGUGCCCGUGCGCCGGCACGCAUACAUCCAGCAGGCGUUCACCGCGCCUGAGUUCCGCGAGGAGAUGCCCGACCCGAGCCCGCCGCCGAGCGAACACCAGGGGGCGCCGCCGCGCGACGGCGCCGAUUUCAACAGCGGUGACGCGGACCUUCCGACGGCGGCGGCGGCGGCUGCGGGCGGCGCACAGACGACGGUGCACUUUGUGCUGCCGCUCGCCGGGCGCUACACGACGUUCAAGCGUUUCCUCAGCAACUUUGAGAGCGCGUGCCUGCGCGGCGAGGAGCGGGUCACGCUGGCCGUGAUCCUCUUCACGCACGCGUACGAGGACCGGCGCGACGACACGGUUGCCGCCGUCGCGACGCUGCGCGCCAAGUACCCGCGCUACGACCUGCAGACCGUGCACGCUGCCGGCGCGUUCUCCCGCGGGCUCGCACUCCAGAUUGGCGCCCGCCUGCGCCGCGCCGACGCCCUCCUGUUUUUCGUCGACGUCGACAUCUACUUCAGUCGCGACUUCCUCGAGCGCGCGAGACUGAACGCACGCCGCGGCGUCAGCGUCUACUUCCCGAUCGUGUUCAGUCAGUAUAACCCGCGCACCGUCGACGCGGGCGAAGAGCGAGAUGUGUUCAGCAUCGACGACGACGUCGGAUACUGGCGUGAGUUUGGCUACGGAAUCGCCUGCGUGUAUAACUCCGACCUGCACGUUGUUGGUGGCUUCGACCUGACGAUCGAGGGCUGGGGUCGCGAGGAUGUUGACCUCUUUGAGCGUUUCCUCGCUUCGGGGAACGUGACGGUGGUGCGCGCGCCCGACCCCGGCCUCGUUCACAUCUACCAUGAUAAGACGUGCGACCCUGGACUCGACGCUGCGCAGCUAACAAUGUGCCGCGGCUCAGACACGAACGGCUACGGGUCGACGCGGCGACUAGCCGACGUCGUCUAUGCGCGACCCGACCUUCUCGGCAUGACGGACGAAGAUGACGAUGAGGACGGUGACGCCACGUGACAUCGGCUCCUGCGUGAUGAGGGCUAGCAGGGGGCGCUGCUGAAGUUGUAGAGCGGCGGCCCAGAUGUCUCGACCAUACAGAUGAGGACUGUUAAGACGCAGGGGACACCGUGCUACGUCCUAGGCGGGUUGACGCAGUGGACACCGCGCUACGUCUUAGGCGGGUUGACGCAGUAGACACCGCGCUACGUCUUAGGCGGGUUGACGCAGUAGACACCGCGCUACGUCGGCUCCUAGGCGGGGUGACGCAGGGGACACCACGCUACGUCCUAGGCGGGGUGACGCAGGGGACACCGCGCUACGUCUUAGGCGGGUUGACGCAGUGGACACCGCGCUACGUCGGCUCCUAGGCGGGGUGACGCAGGGAACACCGCGCUACGUCCUAGGCGGGGUGACGCAGGGGACACCGCGCUACGUCCUAGGCGGGGUGACGCAGGGGACACCGCGCUACGUCCUAGGCGGGGUGACGCAGGGGACACCGCGCUACGUCGGCUCCUAGGCAGGGUAACGCAGGGGACACCGCGCUACGUCGGCUCCUAGGCGGGGUGACGCAGGGGACACCACGCUACGUCGGCACACUGAGAGAUGUGGUGCUGCAACGUGAGACGCGCUGAUGAGAAAAGUUCCCGUGUGAAAGCAUUCUAGUGGCGUGAGUGCAACUACUACGUGAGUGUUAACUGAAUGCAGGGAAGCUGUUAGGGUGACGUAAGCUGUCGAUGAUGCGUCAGUCAGCCAUCCAGUGAUAAUACUCGCGAAUUCUAUAUUUCUGUAUUGCCACACGAUUGAGAUACUAUAAUGGCGCGUUUAACCCCGACAGACGUUUUAACGGCACACACACGCACGCACAGACAUAUAUGGAUGCUGAAGAAGAGGAAAAGUGCCACGGAGAGAUUACCAAUGAACGGUUUUAAUAUCCCUAAUAAAGCCGCCCGUUUAUUAUUCACAAAGUGGUCGUGAAAUUGAAAUAAGGGAUAGGGAGGGACCACGUGUGUUACGCAAUAUAAGAAACAUCGAAUUAAAUGUCUUUAUGUUGUAUUUAAUAUUUAACACACAGGCGGUACAGAUACUCGUUGUUGUUUUUCCCCCAUUUCCAGUGUAACAUGUACAGCGUUUAUAUUGUGGUGCAAUCCUAAAUGAUAUGAUGAUCUCUUGUGUGUACUGUUUCGGGUGCAGACUAAUGCGUAGGUUUGUUGGUGCUCACAACUUCAUGGAGCUCUCACCUUAACUGUAAUGCAGAUAUGCAACAAUUAACACACGAUGCCAAUAAGGAGUGCAAUGCAAAUACAUUACCGUAGCCUAUCACGAUAUUUCGCACAUUGCUCUUUCAGAAGCUGCGGCAAAAGCAAGUAUAUAUAAAUAUUGUAGAUCAUUCAAACGUGAUAUAGUCUCAAGCCGGAUUCAUUCUAACCCAUUUAGUCGAUUUUUGAGUUGCUUUUCUGAAUGCCAGCUGGUCACUCGAUACGAGCUGUAUACGUGUCUACUACAUAUAGCCAGAUACGUGUACACCGCCUUGCAUUAUCAUUGUAGACGUUGACACGGGAAUAAAUGUGCCCGUCUGCACAUUCGUGCUAACAGAGUUACUCUGGCCACAUUUCCGGCCAACAUUGCUCAACGUCUGUGUUUCUAGCUAGCCAUAUCAACUUUCCGUGCAUUGCCCACUGCCCAGAAGAGCGGUUAUAGACGUUUGGAAUCAAUGAUCUGCGAACAGCUAGUGCGUUUGUUCACUGUUCAUUGUUCACUCGUCGCUGUUGCGGUACGUAUGUAUUUUAGUGAUCAGAGAGAUGCAUUAUUUUGCAAAGCAUUUUAAUAAAUGUUGCUAAUUUUAAUUUGAGAUUUUA